AUUCCAAUGCGGGGAGGGCCGGCACUAACGCUUGUCUUCACGAAAACGUUGGGGUCGACUCUUUGUUCGGUCUUGACUUUGUGCCCGCCACCCUGCAGGACUCGACUUUGUCGCAACGGCAUCCACCCGAAGGAGUCUGCCGGUGCAUUAUGGAGCACGCAGAGCUCCCCAACUAAGCCAAGAUGGCAAUGCAUAUGAAAGCGAAUUGUGCUUCCAACCCCGCGAACCAGCAACUUCACAUCAGCCACUGACCGUCCCCUCGGUCAUGCUUAGCGGAAAGGUUAAAACAGACUCGCCGCCGCCGCCGCUGCCAACCCGAGAUCCCUGCUCCACCGCUCCAAAUAAUGCAGGACCAAGACGGCCCCAAUGCUUUGCCAUCGCUGUCUACGCUGAGUCUAUCCGACAAUGACAAACGUGAGAACCACGGUCAAAGAGCAGCUUCAACUGGACUGUCGGAUCGCAUCUUCGCCAACACCCCUGUUCCCACGGUGAUACUCGACCAAACCUUGACGAUCCGGCAUGUCUCGAAAAGCUACUAUGCCCUCUCUAGCCGUACGCCAGAAGAGCUUAUUGGGGAGAACAUCUAUGGAUUCGUCGAGCAGAAAGUGCCUGUACCGGAUGUCGCAACUGUGCGGGGCGCCAUCGAAACCGCCAUAGCCACGGGCAAUGUGCAGACCAUCCAUGACAUCCCCACGCCCGAUGGCAGCUUCUACAGCAUGCGCACCACGCCGAUUGUGGAGGAUGGCGAACUGUUGUACAUCAUCUUCGAGAUCGAGAACACGACGCAGGAGCACAUGAGGCAGACCGAGUUGCGCGAACAGCUCAGUAUCAACGAGACGUUCCGUAUCCUGGUGGAGACUGUCAAGGAUUACGCCAUUUUUAUGCUCGACCCGGGCGGUCACGUGAGCACGUGGAAUGCAGGCGCACAGAACAUCAAGCAGUACACCAGGGAGGACAUUGUGGGCAAACACUUCUCCAAUUUCUACGGGGAUGAGGAUCGGGCGGCAGACAAGCCUGGCAAGGAGCUUGUUGUCGCCUUGCGGGACGGCAAAUGCGAGGACGAAGGCUGGCGGUACCGCAAGGAUGGAACGAAGUUCUGGGCCAACGUCGUCAUCACUCCCGUCUACCGGAACGAUAUCCUAAUCGGCUUCAGCAAGGUCACGCGCGACCUCACGGAACGAAGGGCGGCGGAGACACGCCUGAUAUCCGCUUACGAAGAGUCCGACAAGCUCAAAUCGGAGUUCCUCGCCAACAUGAGUCACGAAAUCAGGACGCCUAUGCAUGGCAUGCUGACAGCAUUGACCCUUCUCAUCGACACCGGCCUGAAUGCGGAGCAGAAGGAGUUGUCCUCCAUCAUUUCCGACUCCGGCCGUGUGCUGCUGCAGCUCAUCAACGACGUGCUAGAUUACUCCAAGUUGGCCUCUGGUUCAUUCUCCGUGGGCUCGGGUGUCGUCUGCAUCCCUGACAUCAUCGUCUCUGUCACCCGCCACUUCCAGACCACAACCAAGGCCGCCACGCGAUUAGAGACUAGUCUUGACCCUCGCAUACCACAAACGCUCGAAGGUGAUGCUUUGCGUUACCGCCAGAUAGUGCAGAACUUGAUCGCGAAUGCAGUCAAGUUCACCGAGUCCGGGGUUGUCACCGUCACCCUUACGCUAGACGAGGAGAGUGGUGACAGCUUAACCCUCCUGACCGAGGUAUCAGACACCGGCAUCGGCGUACCUCAGCGCGCCGUCGGUACCCUCUUCACGCCGUUCACUCAAUUCGACAAUUCAGCCACAAAACGAUACGGUGGCACGGGCUUAGGUCUCUCCAUCUGCAAAACACUCGCGGAGCUCAUGGGCGGCCAGAUCGGCUUCCGGCCCAAUGACGGCGGCGAGGGCGGCAGUGUGUUCUGGUUCACCGUCAAGCUCCGCCCAGUACGCAGAGUCGACUCGGUGGAGAAGCUCAGCAGUCUUCAAGCCGAGGGCGCAUAUACAGCCCAACCAACCGACCCCCUUGCGGAAGUCAAGCGGAUCGCGACAGGCAAACGCCUCCUCCUCGCCGAAGACAACCAGAUCAACUCCCGCGUCAUGCUGCGCACGCUCAAAUCCCUCGGCUUCGUCAGUGUCGACCCCGCGAUGGACGGGAUGCAGGCACUAUCCAUGGUCAAACAAGAAUCCAUCUCUAUUAAGCCUUACGAUCUUGUGUUAAUGGACAUCAACAUGCCGCUGAUCGAUGGCGUUACCUGCACGGUUGAGAUCCGGAAGGCGGGUAUCGACGUGCCGAUCGUGGCUAUGACGGCGAAUGCGCUUAAGGGACAGGCGGAGGCCUAUUUGGCUAAGGGGAUGGACGAUUAUAUUACGAAACCCGUUGAUCGGGGGUUGUUGGUUAAGGUGCUGGCGAGGUGGUUGAGGAAUAAGUCGAUGCUUGACGUUGGGACGAAGGGGGGAUGAUGCGUCGUCUUGGCUGAUGAGCCUCUUGUUGGCAUAUGGUCUACAGUACAUGGCUUGAGGAGCAGCGACACCACUAUAGACCUUCGGACCGAGCAAUCAAUGGACGACUGCCCUGACGGCAGGCAUGCAAAGGUGGGGUACCUUCAAGACGACGCGUCCAGCAACGUCUCUGCUGUCUCCGCUGUCUAUCGGUCUACAACCAGUCCGCGAAGCAGCCAGCGCGCCGUACAGUCCGUCGUUCCCGCAGACCCUGAGGGGACAAAGGUUGCGAUCCCAAGUAACUUCACAGGUCGCACCCGCUGUUGACGAUGAUGGGCCAGGUCAGUCAGUCGGAGGGGUCGGGACUCACUCGGGCUCGCCUGACGGAAAUGCUGUUGUACGACUAGGCACAUUCUGAUGAGCAAUGUGCGUGAGGGAGAGCAAGCUUUGUGCGUCAAGCGUCAACCAAUGAGCGCUUAGCGCAAAAUAUA